GGCGCCUGGUCGGUGGCUGGAUCACCAGGAGCAGCCAUGGAGCCGCAGGAUCCGGGCACCACUUUUGACGACGGCAUGGACUCAUUCGUGGAAAAGUUCCAGAGUCAGCCUUACCGUGGCGGCUUCCACGAGAGCCAGUGGGAGGAGGAAUUUGAAAAGAUUCCUCUGUUUAUGAAGAACUCACCAUCAGAAAUUGAUCCCCUGGAGAAUCCUGACUUGGCCUGCCUGCAGUCAAUUAUUUUUGAUGAAGAGCGAUCUCCAGAAGAUCAGGCCAGGACUUACAAAGACGAGGGCAAUGAUUACUUUAAAGAAAAAGACUACAAGAAAGCUGUUAUUUCAUACACUGAAGGAUUAAAGAAGAAAUGUGCAGACCCUGAUUUGAAUGCUAUUCUUUAUACCAAUCGGGCAGCAGCACAAUACUAUCUAGGUAAUUUUCGUUCUUCUCUCAAUGAUGUGAUGGCUGCCAGAAAGCUAAAACCCUGCCACCUCAAAGCAAUAAUAAGAGGUGCCUCUUGCCAUUUGGAACUGAAAAACUAUGUCGAGGCUGUGAACUGGUGCGAUGAGGGGCUGCAGAUAGAUGCCACAGAGAAGAAGCUUCUGGACCUGAGGGCUAAAGCAGACAAGUUGAAGCGAACUGAACAGAGGGAUAUAAGGAAAGCAAAGCUGAAAGAAAAGAAGAAGCAGGAUCAGAAUGAGGCUUUACUCCAGGCCAUCAAGGCUAGGAACAUCAGGCUAGUCGCUGAAGCUGCUGGAGAGGAUGAAGACUCAGCCUCAGAAGGUCUCAGUGAGCUCGUCCUGUAUGGGCUCAGCUCUGAGAACCCCUGUGGAGCCAGGCUGAGUGUGGAUGACCAGGGAAGACUGAGCUGGCCUGUGCUGUUUCUGUACCCGGAGUAUGCCCAGUCGGACUUGGUCUCUGCUUUUCACGAGGAUUCCAGGUUUAUUGAUCAUCUAAUGGUGAUGUUUGGUGAAACACCCUCUUGGGAUUUAGAGCAAAAAUACUGCCCUGAUAAUUUAGAGGUCUACUUUGAGGAUGAGGACAGGGAGGAGCUGUACUGCGUGCCUCCCAGUAGCACCCUGCUGCAGGUGCUGCAGCACCCCAGGUACUUUGUAAAAGCCCUGACACCGACAUUUUUGGUCUGUGUAGGAUCCUCUGGUUUUUGUAGGAAUUAUCUCCGGGGGAAAAAGGUGCACCAGGUAAAGUGACUGGGCCAUGCUGUGGGAGCCAGGCUCCCUGGGCCUCCUCCCUCCCCCACCUCAGCCUGGAGUUAAGCAUACUUGAAUCAGCAAGAUCUACUCUUCGAACCCAGCACUUUAUUCCUGUCACCCCAGGGGCAGGCCUUCCCUGCAUCAUGGUUGGGGAGGAGCUGCUGCCUUCUUGAACUUCGGCCUCUCGGGUCAGACCGCCGAGCUCUAGCAGGCCUUCACUUUGCUCUCUUGCUGCUGAGCUCUGUGCCUUGCUUAUGACCUGCUUGGACUCACUGUGAGUUGUGUUAACACCACCCUCCAGCUCUGACCUGAAGAUUCAUGAUCCAGUGACAUGGUUCUGCAGCUGUGUGCCUCACACUGCACACAUACACAGCCACACGUGUGACUGUAAGGUGUUAAUACCGAGAAGUCCUUCAUGAACACAGAGGCCUGCUCUGUUGGGAUCCUGUAGAUGCCUUGGGGUGAGAUGGGGCCAGGGAAGCCAGGUCCUAAUUCUCCAUCUUUUAUGAAGAGUUGCAAAUUGAGGCUUCUCUAGAACCCCUAAAAAGUUUGCCAUGUUUCCUGAUCUUUGCAGUAUGGAUACCUGUGACAUACUUAGACAGUAUAUCAGUUUUUAUAUUUAGAAUUUUAUGCCUUUUAAUCUGGAAAAUCUUUUUGCACGUUGAGUCACUGUCAUCUGUUGUAUUUUUGUCUACAGCUAUUUGCUUCCUCCUUCCUAGAGGAUUUUAUAUGUCCUGUCCUUGCAUUGCCCACCCUUUCCCCCAGUGACGAGGGUGCGUCCCUUCUCCUGAUGCAAAGGGAUGUGAGUGGACAUGUUCAGGCAGAGCUUGCAGGGUAUGGUGCGGUGGAUCAUGCUCUUCCCUCUGCCUGGGAGUGUAUUUCCCAGGGUGGGGCUGUUCCUUCAGCUGGAUGCUAAAACACGUGGAGCAGAGCUGAAGCAGCUGGCCUGCAGCCAUUGACUGUGACAUGAAUGAGAAAUAAAUAUUUGUUGUAGUAUUAAUAAUAA